AUGAGGCAACAAGACGAGGUUCGACUUACCUACCGCCACAGGCCAUCGCGGAGUGGAGGACGACCGAAUGCAAGUGAGACGAGUUGUCUGGUCGAGUCUUUCGCCUGCUCGAACAGUGGCCACUUUUGCGCUGCUCAGACAGCCGCGGCCUACGUCUCAUCGUCUCUGUCUCUGUCUCUGUCUCCGCCGCCUCGGCUAACGGCUCCAACCGACAGCAGCAGCCAGAGUCGUCUUUGCGAGCCGACGGCUCGGCGAGCUGCCGACGCAGGCGUGAGUCACCUCGGCCCGACGAGGCCGGCAGCCUGCGUGAGCAUAGCUCGACGCAAGCGGGGCCGACACGAACGAGUUCGGGCGACAGGGCGGCAGGACGGCGCCAUUCAGCAAAGGCUCACGCACGCGUGGAUGUGCGCAUCGGAUCGAUCAAGACGGCUCGAGGUCGAAAUAAGCCUUGCAUAG